GCUGUCAAGACCUGUCGGCAGUUGCUGGCAACACUGGUGGAGUGACGCGGAAAGUAGUUGCGAUAGUUGUGUGUGCAGUGCGAAUGUAAACGGUAUAAUUGGAAUCUGCUACAGUACUUGUGGAACGUUGGUAUAGUCGCGAAAUCCGUUUAAGGCACCCGUAUAUUCCUCGAAGUUGUGAUUAUUGGGAAUCAACAUGGCGUCCGCAUCAAACAUGGUGACACUUUACCUAGAAUGCUGGCGAGAUGAACUGAGUGCAGCACAGAAAGCCGCCUAUGAAAAGGCAGAAAAAGAACAUAAUGAAAUUCGAAACAAGCUGAAAGAAAUUGUCGACGAAACAGGCGGAAAAAACAUAUUUUCCGGGCAAGUGUUCACCGCGUAUCAGGUGCUGGGUCCGGUACCGGGAUUGGAUCAAAUUUCGAAACCGGUCACUGCACUAACGCGUAAAAAACCAUUGCCCGUAUUACAAUCUUCCCUUGCCCCAAUGAUGGUAGCUUCUCCGUCACCGGAGUCGACGGCAAGCGCCCGUCGUCGUGGUCGAAGGUCGGACUUUGCCGUAGAAGAUGAUCCGGAGCCGGUGUUGGAUAUUCCAUCGGACGAUGUCGAUGAAGAUUAUAUCCCCCUGUCUAAACGUAUGAAAGUGAAGGAAAAGGAAAAAACGAUUACACCUAAGAAAGUGAGAGACGAGAAGGUCAAAACACCGGAAUUAAAAAAAUCACCCAAACCUGUUGGCUCAACAACGGCAAAAGUUGCUGCCAUCUCUGUGCGGCCUACCGAAUUUAAUUCGAUUGGCGGGCUGCAGGUUGGCGCCGAAAAAGACAAAAAGAAAAACCUUCCCGAGCCUUCCGCGGUUGUAGAUCUCACUAAAGACGAUGCGGGCAAACCAUCGGCAGAUUCGAGAGAGAUAUCGUUUAGCAAAAUUCAAGGAAAAACUUUCCCAUCGCUCGUAGUACUUGCUAGACCUUCGCUACGGGUGACCGAUAAAGCUGUUUCCGAUCGACCACAGCUCGAUGGUAAGGUGAAGAACGUACUGGUGCAUCCAGCGCCCAAGUUCACCGAAUGGCUCAUACAGCAAGGAUUGAUCAAAUCGGAACAGACGUGCCAAAUCCACUACGACAAACCGCUCAAGUUGGGCAUGUAUUCGGAUACCUCUAAAUUCCCGUACUCGGGUGGUUAUUUCUGGAUAAGCGAUUGCUGCCCGACCCGAUUCACGUCCGUGUUUCAUGGCUCGCUGUUCGAAGGCUCACCUCACCCGCCUUCAGUGAUUUUGAAGCUCAUCUAUCACUGGGCCUGCCAAACUAAUGUAUCAAAUGUGGUGAACUGGGUAAAGGUAGACAACGUGUACUUGAAAAGCCUGUACACAUUGUUGCGAUCGGUUUGCACGCUGGCAUUAUGCCGACACAUGAAAAUGCUCGGUGGUCCCAAAAAGUCCAUCGAAAUAGGAGUAAUUUCACUCGGAACGACAACACAGGAUGGACAACAGCGCCAGGUGAAGGUGGAGGUAUUGGGUGUGCUCGAUCCGGAAGCUAAAAUUCUUCGACUACGUGCCGUGGAACCGUUGCAUGACGCCGAAAAAAGCUAUAAGAAAAGGUUUUCCAAAAUUUUGGAACCUCUCGCCGAUUGGGUCGAUAAGGAGAGCAUCAUCCUAACCGAUCUUACCGUUGACAAAGGUACGCUGAACAACAUGGGGUACAAAACCGUGAUACAGGUCCCAACGUCCGAACAGACCGCGAAAAAUAGCAACGCGAACAUAAUGGAUUAUCUUCGGCGCAUCGUACCGCGAAUGUUCCAAAACACGUUGUCUCUGCUGUCGCGUCAAAUCAUUCAACAGUUCCUGAACGAACUGGUAUGGCGUGAGCUGUAUGGAAACAGCCCAGGCAGUACGUUUGAUAACAUCGUGAAACACCUGGCAGAGGAAGCAAAAAUUGAAACGAAGGAAAGUUUAAUUACCCGCAUGCACAAGGCCGCCGCUGAUCCCUUCAAACAAUGGAAUAUUGUUUCCGACCUUCCAAUAGCGAAAGUUGCUGGGAAGCGUGGACGAAAACCUAAGGAUCACUCUAUCAACGCAUCUGCUGCGUCCGCUAACAGCGAGGAUGACCCGGCGGCGGUAGCAGCAGCAGCAGCUGUUGCUGCGGCCAGUUCAGCGCCGAAAAAAAGUAUUCUCAAAAAGGUGAAAACUGAGGAACAAAUGACGGCGGCAUCGAUGGCGGCAGCAACUGUUUCACCUUCCGCUGCGAAUAAAACGGUUCAGAAGAAAAAAGAAACCCGCAAAGACACUACGGUACAGCUGGAAUCGUACUACUACGGAAGUGUGGGAGGUACAGAGCUGAAAGAGUCGGCAUUACCUUGUCCCGAUUUUGAAGUACCAUGCCCGGAAUGUCCGGAAUUGAUCUUCCGUUCCAAUUUGGAGCUGCUCGAUCAUUUGUUGGAACACGCACAUUAUUCUGUAGCGUCGAAAAAGGCAGUGGACGAGACAACGGAUGAAAGAGGUGUGUGUCGAACCUGCCUGCAGUGGGUGGCCCAUGGCGAGGAAGAGAAGCAUAAGUUGCUAUUCCAUCCGCUGGACACGAAAUGCGUACUUUCCAAAGGAGCUAGCUGUUUGAUUUGUGAGGUACGCUUCAGUAACGUAUCGAUGCUGGUAACGCACAUGGCGAAAACUCACCUGCCCUUGGAAAUGCCGUACCGUUGUGCUGGAUGCGAUUUUCGCAGCUCCAUUCUGCAGCUAACGAUCGAACACUUCUAUGCGCAGCAUAAGGGUAGUAUCCUGUUGCAGUGCCCGAUCUGUCUGCAGUUGGGUUGCGCAUAUCGUAGCGGCACGGAGGGUGCUAACAGCGACGAGUCAGCGGAUCCGUCCGUACCAUUGAUAAGUAAUGUGAAACAAUUCUUGGCCCAUUUGCGGAAACAUAACGAUAAAGCGAUCUCGAAACGGUGCAAAAAAUGUGCGCUAAGUUUGCUCUCCAAGGGUGAACACAAAAUGCAUCGUAUCUUUUGUCACGUGGCCAACGCUGCAGGCGAAGCGGUUAAAAGCAUUACAAGCUCAGGGACGGUCAUCGAAAAACCGAUGAAAAAAGCAUCGCCAAGGGAAAGUACGUCGUAUCGUGUUGUAAAGGCGUUUAAUAAGCUGGAGCUAAACCUGAAGAGCGGUACCAUUUGUCUCGAGUGUGGUAACGAUUUCGAUCAAUACAAUCACAUCAUCGGACUACUGCAGUGCAUAAUGUGCAAGUAUCAAACCACCUGUCUUCCGUCGAUGAUGAACCAUUCAAUAUCGUGUUGGUCGAACGCUUUCUACACAUCACACAAAUAUCAGGCAGCGAACAUUAGUCAGGAGAUGCAUUGCAAGUGUGGCUUUUCUUCGUACGACGGUUCGGCUUUGGCACGGCAUCUGCUCGUAUGUUCCCGUAGCGAUGCCGUCUAUACUUCUGUAGAGGCAGCCCAAGCGAACGAGUCCGAGCGAAGCAUGCUGGAUAUGCUAGGACUUGUGCGUCGGGACGAAGAUGAAGAUGUCGGUACAGCGGCAACACACGAACAGGUACCGGAACAACAGGAUCACCAAGACCGUCAAGAACCAUCACCUACAUCACGGCACGAUACCCCCGAAGUACCCGAAGUUUCUUUCGAUCACGUGGAACAUGAGAGCGAGAAGGAAACAGCUGAGAUCGCCGAACCACCAAACGUCGCAAACGAACCUGUGGCGAGCGAUAUUGCUUACGAUCCUUCACAGUCGCUGUACAACAUUGCGGGAACGGGUGAACAACAAUUCACCACACAGCUGAGCUUUGACGAUCUGGGGCCACCAUCGGUUUUGCCUGUACAGGAUAAUGAUCUUACCCCGCAGCUUAAGGACGAUUAUCAAUCGCUGGCUACACCCCGUGUACCCGAUCAGCCAGAUUAUCAAGAUACGUAGCUUAAUCACUUCUUUUAAACGUAUGACAGCGGCAUCGGCGCUGUGUGAUCGCUUCACAAUUAAUGCACAUGAAGCCCCAUGUUGUUUUGCGUUUACAUUUUAUGUAUGGUGAACUUUUGCAAAGUUCAACGAGUGCAACAAUUGGAAUAAAUUUUUAAUAUGGGCAGAUCCUCGAAAAGGUGA